AAUUUAUUGUUUCCAUUUUUAUUUGUUUUUCAUUUUAGCCGUCAGCAGCUUACUGUUAGCAAACAUCAUCAUCUUCCCCACUAGAAGGUGUAUGAUAACUUUGAACAUUCAUACCCUAUAGUCGAUACUGUCAACAUUCGUACCCCUUUACAUAUUUUUCAAGUGUAAUCAUUCAUAAAAUAAUCAUUCAUUCUUGACUUCUUGGCUUAAUUUUCUCAUUUCUUUGAAUAGUUUCAUCACUUUAAUCUUUCUUCUUCAUUGUUUCAUUGAACCCAUUACCCACUUGAAGAUAUUGGUUUUAAUUUCUGAAAUCGAUUCAAAUAUUUCCAUUGAGAUAAAGUGCGUGGUGUGUUUUGGAUGACAAGCAACAUGGCAUUCUGAUAUGUAAGAAAUCAUGCGACCUUCACUUAGCCAGUGGAGGUAAUUCUACUCUCAAGCAUCAAAGUUGUGUGCUUGAGAAAAGGGUAGUGAAGUGUGAUGUCUACUGAUAAUAAUGCACCACAGCCCAUGAGCAAUGGUUUUAAAAAUGCUGCUUCUCAAGAUUUGAAAGGAGAAGGAAGUUCAAAUAAUUCCGAGGAACAAAAGGAACUUCAUGUGCGGGCUAUGGUACAAGAACAAGAGAUCUCCCAUCUCAAGUGGAAAAUUUCACAAGCCUAUAUUAAGGAGUUGCAGCUGCUGAAGGAGAAAUAUGCUUUGGAGAGAAGAUUUUCCGAUCUGCGUAUGGCUAUGGAUGAGAAGGAAAGGGAAUCAGUAAAUUCAGCUUUGAAAGAAUUGGCUCACAGGAAAGAUGAUCUGGAACAGAAUGUAAGGCUAACCACUGAUUUACAGGACGUAGAAGAACAAAGAUGCAUCUUCACGACUUCUUUGCUUGGACUAUUGGCUGAACAUCGUAUGUGGCCUAGCGUCAGAAAUGCCUCUUCCAUUUCCAUGAGUGUGAAGCAGCAUCUCUAUGAUCAAUUGCAUCAGAAGAUACAGGAAAAAACAAGGGAGCUGAGAGUUCUUUCUAGGGAUCAAUGCUAUGAGAAUAAUCAACCGAGCAGUGUGAUUUUUCCAUCUCCUUACCAACCCCAGAAAGAAUAUCCGUCUCUAUCAAGUCAACAUACAAAUGAUGAUCAUUCACCAUCUAUCAAUAAUGUGUGGCCUGAAGAGCAGAAUAAUGAUACUGGGAAUAUGGUACUCUAUGAUGAGGGUCCUGGUAUACAAGGGUUUCAAAUAACUGGUGAGGCUAAACUAGGAGGCAAGCUUCUUGGUUGUGGUUACCCCGUACGAGGCACUUCUCUUUGCAUGUUUCAGUGGGUUCGUCAUCUUCAAGAUGGUACCAGAGACUACAUUGAAGGUGCUACCAACCCCGAGUAUGUAGUAACAGCUGAUGAUGUUGAUAAGUGUAUUGCUGUUGAAUGCAUACCGAUGGAUGAGAAUGGCCGUCAGGGUGAAAUAGUACGACACUUUGCCAAUGAGCAGAAAAAGAUAUCAUGUGACCCAGAUAUGCAAGCGGAGAUAGACUCCUAUAUUUCUAAAGGCCAAGCCAAUUUCAGCGUUUUAGUUCUGCUGUUGGACCCAUUUGAACACUGGGAAGAAGCAACUUUUAUUUUGCGACAUUCAGGCUUUCAAGUGAAGAUCAAUAAGACUGAAACUAUUCAAAUUUCUGCGAAGUUCUCUGAAAACUUAUCGAUCAAAAUUCCUGGCGGGUUAUCAUCGCAGUUUGUUCUAAUAUGUUCCGAUGGAACUUCUCACCCUUUUCGCUGUGCAUACAAUGAUGUUCAGUAAUAAUGCGCGACACGCUGGUAUUGACGAUUAGAAUGUUCCAGAGCAAGGCUCUGGAUGAUCGAAGAAAAGGAAAAGGUCAAAUGUAAGUUUCAUUUAAACGAAGUAUGCCGCAAUUUCUGCCAUCAAAACAAAUAAUUUAUACCUAUGGAGUUUGUAUUGUAUUUGUAAUAAGAAUUGUAACUUAAUUUUGAAAUUUUGCAUUUAUUAUUAUUAGUAUUAUUGUUAUUAUUAUUUGUUGUUUUUUUUAUCAUAAAAGAGACAAAAAUGAGCAAUAUACAUUUGUAGAUUGAUGUUGUA